AUGUUCCAGGCAAGCCAAACUCACCUCGAUGAACUCCAGAUGAAACGUCUGGAGAAGUGCAUUGUCAUUGACAAGGAGGAUCAGAUCAUCGGAGCCGAAAGCAAGAAAAACUGCCACCUGAUGGAAAACAGGUGCCUGUUACACCGAGGCUUCAGUGUUGUCCUCUUCAACACAAAAAACCAGCUCUUGGUCCAGCAGAGAGCAGAUACCAAGUACACUUUUCCCGGGCAUUUUACAGACUCCUGUUCUAGUCACCCUUUGUAUAGGCCUGACACUGAAGAGAAAGAUGCUGUGGGGGUGAGGGCAGCGCUGAGACGUCUGCAGGCUGAACUGGGCAUUCCCUGGGACCAGAUUUCGAUAAAGGACAUAAUCUUCAUGACUCGAAAAUACCACAAGUGCCAGUCAGACGCCGUCAGGGGAGACCAUGAGAUUGGCUAUCUUCUGUUGGUGAGGAAAGACGUCAUGCUGAACCCAGACACCAGGGAAGUGAGAGGCUACUGUUGCAUGAGCCAGGACCACAUGCAGGAGCUCCUGGACAGGGCGCCCGUGGGGAAGAGAUCCCCGUGGCUCAGAACCCUCGCAGGAGGCUUCCUGAUCCCUUGGCGGCCUUAUUUAGAGGAUGUGUCUUCGUUUGUGGAGCCUGACAAAAUAUACGGCCUCUGCAGGAUAUGGAAAAGUAAUGUUCAAAGCAGGGAUUGGGGUCAAGAGAUGGUUUAG